GAAGUGCCAAGGUUGGAAAGGAACAUCAAGUGCCGUUCUGGACUGAGUACAACAAGGAGUGUUGGCGUGGCUGAUUUACAAAACAUGAUGUUCGACUCAGUAGUGGUACCCCUUCAGUAGACUAGCUGGUACAAGAUGAGCUGAAGAGUGUCCCGUUCCUAUCGUGGCAUCAUGAAUGACAAGCUGGUGUUCCUGGGACUCCUCUACUUCGUCCAGGGCAUUCCAUAUGGCCUGCAGUCAUCCCUGCUGCCGGUCUACCUGCGUGGGGCUGGUCAUUCGCUCACGCGCAUCAGUCUGACCAAAGCCCUCUUCUUCCCCUGGGUCCUAAAGGUCCUGUGGGCGCCGCUGGUGGACAGAGCGGGCACCAAGCGCCGAUGGCUAGUCGGCACGGUCACAGGCCUGGCGAUGACGUGCCUGGCCAGUGCCUCUUUGUCGCCGGACGCGCAGUUUCUGGGUGUGGCGGGGGCCCUGCUGGCGAUGAACGUGCUGGCGUCCGUGCAGGACAUCGCUGCAGACGGGGCUGCCGUCCGGCUGCUGAGGGGCCAGGGCGAGCUGGGCCUGGGCAACACCGUGCAGGUGGUGGGCUACAAGGCCGGCUCGGUGUUCGCCGGCGGCGGGCUGCUCGCCGUGAUCGACGUGGCCGGCUGGGGCUGGAUGUUCACGCUGCUGGCCUGUGUGUACGGAGGCGUGGCGCUGUUCGUGUGGGGCGCGCCCAUCCUGGACGGGGAGCUGUCCAAGCCCGCCGGGGAGGGCAGGAGAGCCUCCAAAGACGCCCUGCGGCCCUGGAGAGUGUGGCGGAAGCUGAUGUCUGUGCCAGGGACACCGUGGACUGUUCUCUAUGUCCUCACCUACAAGCUAGGUGAGCAGGGUGCUAUGAGCAUGUUCCCGCUCUUCCUGCUGGACCAUCACAUGACGUCCCGUGAGCUGGGCUUCUGGAACGGCAUCAUCGCCAUGGGCUUCUCCAUCGCCGGCUCCUCCAUCGCCGGCCUGCUGCUCUCACAGCACAGCAUUGGGCUGAUAAUGAGGCGUGUGUUUGUGAUGAGGACGGUGGGCAUGAUCUUCCAGAGCUCCCUGCUGACCAUACUGGAGCCAUCGCCACUCAUGAAAGGCAUGUCGGUGUUGAGUAUGAGCGCGCAGCAUUUCCUGGGGGGCCUCAUCACCACCCUCACCUUCACCGUCAUGAUGCACUGCACUCAGCGCGCCGAGGAGAGCAUCCAGGCCACCCACUACAGUUUCCUGGCCACGCUGGAGGUGCUGGGGAAGUUGAGCUUCAGUGCUCUGGCGGGAGGCCUGGUGGACUCGGUGGGCUUCGCCAUCGCCUACCUGCUCUUCUUCACGCUGUCCGCCAUCUCGGCCCUCCACGUGUGGAAGGCCACGCUCACGGGACCCCUCAAGGAGCCCGUGAACACCACCAGCCACGCCGAGAAGUGAAAAAAAGACACAACUGGACUCGCUUGGUGCCCAUACUGUGUGUGUGUGUGUGUCUGUGUGUGUGUGCUUGGUUUCAUGUGUGUGUGUGUGUGUUCAUCUGUGUGUGUGUGUGUGUGUGCCAUGGGGGUGUAUGUGGUUGGUUGUAUGUGCUUUGUGUGUUUGAAGGGGCUUGUGAUCCAAAACAAAAACAGCCAGCACAGCCUUCUGAAAACACAGCAUUCCGCAAUUGCAGUUAACCAGCAUUUAGCCACAGAAGCAACUCAGGAAGUACGUUUCUGAGAAAAGGGAAAAAAGAACCAAAAUCAAUCAGUCGAUUUGCAUCUGCGCUGUUGGUCGCGACCUGACAAAACUCAAGGCAACGCUCACCUUUGACCUCUUACUACCUCGCAGUAGUGCUUCAUCUCAUAGUUAGAGCAGAUAGGCUGCAUGAGCGGUAGGUUGGCUUGUUUACUAACAUCUAAUGAAAUAUUAAAGCCGUGCAAUAUAACCUAAGGUAACGCUAUCUGUCAAGCGGACCGUGAAGGUGCUAGGAGACUCGUAGAGUUUGCUCUCAAGAGCAACGAAGCCCUUCUGCUGUGUAACUACAGGUCUACAAAGCAUGAUGUAUAUUUCAGUAUAUUCAGAUCACUUGUGUCACAGUGGGGUAAAUCACUGUUAUCAGAAGGACACACAUUAUCUUCAUAUGACUUAUCUUCAUCA